GCCCACCCACAAUGGUUCUAGUAGAUCUUUGAGCUAUUCCCACGUGCAGGAGUUUCUUUACAGUGUAGUGUUAGAUAGGAGUAGUGUACAGUAGACAACAUGAAGAUGGACCCUACAAACCCUCAAUCCCCAACAAAUGGCUCGUUGGAUGGAGAUGUCCCGAAUGAUCCUGGGAAAAUGUUUAUUGGGGGACUAAGUUGGCAAACUACAGUCGAAUCAUUAAAAGACCAUUUUGGCCGUUUUGGCGAAAUUAAAGAAGCAAUGGUCAUGAAGGACCCAACUACAAAACGAUCCCGGGGAUUUGGAUUUGUCACAUAUAAGGACCCAGCUAGUGUAGAUACCUGUUUAGAGAACGGACCUCACAUACUUGACAAUAAAACGGUCGAUCCAAAAGUCGCAUUUCCAAGAAAAGCCCAACCAAAGAUGGUCACCAGGACAAAGAAGAUAUUUGUUGGAGGACUCUCAGCAGCCACAACAGUGGAAGACGUCAAAAACUACUUCUCACAGUAUGGAAAGAUUGAAGAUGCCAUGCUUAUGUUUGACAAGACAACAAAUCGCCAUAGAGGGUUUGGAUUUGUAACCUUUGAGAAUGAAGAUGUGGUGGACAAGGUGUGUGAAAUCCACUUCCACGAGAUCAACAAGAAAAUGGUUGAGUGUAAGAAAGCUCAGCCCAAAGAGGUGAUGCUACCCACCACCCUGGCGCGUGGGAGGGGCACCCUGACCAGGGGGGCGUAUGUGACGGAGGAUGGCGAAAUCGUCUUGGGCGAAAUUCCACAAGAAUUAAUUAUGCCGGAACUGUGCUAUCUGCCGACAGGAUUGCCUAGCUACCCCUAUGGUCGUGGAUUUCCUACUCUGGCCCCAGCAGGCUAUUAUUAUCCAGGCUUCCCUGGUUAUCCCACUGGUUUAAUACAAACCCCCACUGCUACCCCCGGUGAGCGACAGGUCUCCCCUGCCAUAUAUGCAGAUAUUGGUGCUACCACUAGCCCCCUGGCCACCAACGCCCUACAAAUACAACGCAGUGAGCCCUCCCCACUGCCAGUCAGUAACUCCCCCCUGGCUAGGGUGGGAGAACAGCUGCUAACAGCACAGAGAACAGCCAUGAUCAACAGCCUUGGACACCAGGGUUUCCCCACCGCUACCUCCCCCAGCACCCGCUCCGUGCCCCUCACCACCAGCCCGGGCCCAGUGGACACAUUCAUUGCCCAGGAUGGGCUGGGCUACAUCCAGGCCACCAGCCCACAGCCCACGGGCUUUGCUCUCAACACUGCAUAUGGUAUACACGACGGCCUAGGAUACGUUGAUGCCACUAGUUCAAAUAGAUACAUUCACGAUGUGUUAAGUAAGGCACAACUGAUUCCACAGGGAUUUCAGAAUGGCUAUCACUAAAUACCAGAUAGACCCAAUCAUAUGCAACGCCAUCGGCACACUACGGACGCAUACAGUAUGCAGCAAAUGUAAUCUCAUUGCUGAUUGAUUGAUAAAUGUUAAAUUUGGUGGGAAUGGUGAAAGGAUUUCUGAACCCUAAUGUUUAAACAACUUGAAGAAAUGGCACAUAUAUAUGUGAUCAAUCUUCUUAUCUUUUUUUUUAAUCAAUUUUACUGGCUUUUAUGAACUUUAUGAUAUGAUGUAUAUAUGAUGUAAAAAUGUUUUAACUUUUUUUGUUUUAUUUUAAACCCUCAUUUUGAUUUGUUCAUUUAUCUCAUGUGCGAUUCAUAUGAAGAUCAGGCGAAAUUUGUGAAAUAUUUGAAGCAUUUAUUCAAUGGUAGUAUUUAUUGCUAGAAUUAAAUGUUUUUCGUAUGAACCGUUUCAUCUCAUUAAGGUCACAAAAAAUUGAGGGAACUACCAAACAUUUUCAGUUAUGUCAUCUUCAUUGAAUUUACUUACAAGUUGUUUACAGUUUUUAUAAGCAAAAAUUUUACACUUAAUUUCACAAAUUUUGCAAAAUAGCCCCGAUGUUUGAAUUUGGAAAAUUCAUUGCAAUAACGAUUGAAAAUGUUAAGCCUUUUUUAGAUUCUAACUUUUAUGUGGAGCAGUUUUUUUUUAUUCACAUAUAUAUAUAUAUAUAUUUCCUUAAUUUUUGACUGCGAAUGCUGGCCAAAGACUGAACUACAUGUUCUUGUAGUCAUGUUGGUGAAGAUCGUUCACUUCAAUUGUGUGAUAUUAGUGUUAAUUAUCCAAAGCAUAUAACUCUCAGCAAUAAAGACUUAAGUGAAUUUUUUUGGUAAUCAUUACAUUGUUAUGUAUUACAUUAUGUGAUAUUGCAGCAGAUCUGAUCGUAGUUAGACACACCAUGUGUAGAGUGGAUAUCCUUUAUUUAUUUGCUCUUUUAUUUUUCCGCGAUUUUUUUUUUUUUUACACACAAAAAAACUGUCCCACUUUGUUCUUGUGAAAAUUCAAGGGUUGUGUUCAGUUUUUUUUAUUAUUAUACAUGCACAGGUAUCUAUCUUUUUUUUCUUUUUUGCAACAAAAUGUGUUUCUUUGACUUUUGUUUCCUUGGAGACUACUUCUCUAGUCAACCUGUUCAGACUAGACCGUAUUCUUUGUGUAUACGAUAAUUUUGUCAAAAGAAUUUAACCUUUGUGUGAAAAACCUGUUUUUGGAAACUUGUAAAUUUUUUUAAAAAAUAUUUAAAACAAACUUGUUGCUGUGGGUGUUUUCGUCUCGGUCCAUGUUUUAUUCUCUAUGGUUGUCAAUUGUCGCUGAAUAUUUCUCUGCGUUUCUCAAGAACAAUGGGAAAAAAUGUGACAUAAACCCUGGGCGUGUGUAUGGUAGUGUAGAUUGCUUCCUUUUUUUUUUUAUUAAAUCUAUGAUAGUCGGGUGUUCACUAGCAGUAUGAAUGUGUGAUCAUUCUGGUUUAUAUACUGUAGUAAUGUAGUAACGUUAUAUGAAAGAGCAAAUGUGCUAAGAUUUUACGCAAGUUUUUAUUAUUAUAUUAAAUGAUUGUUGGAUUUUUUUUUAAUUUCAAUACUAAAGGUUGUUAUACAGGGGGACUAAAAACAUUUUUAUCCUUUAUUGUUGUAUGACCAGGGGAAAGGGGGAAUCAAGGAGUAGAAUUGUCACUGGUUCCAAAGGUCAACUGUGAAAAGCUUGAUAUCUGAAGCAUUUAGUUGUCUUGUAAUUUUACAAAUAAACUGAAAAGGAACAACCAAGCCCAAGCUAUAUGGAAAAAAAAAAAAAAAAUAAUGGCAUUGGAGGUUGGUGACAAUUCUACUUUGAAGUUAUUACUUGUUUGUACAGAUGAUGUCACAUAUACAUUGUAUUGUUGAUCAACUUAAUUUACCAAAAAAAACCUCAUUCUAAACUUUUAUCAUUUUAUAUACAUACUUAUGUAUUCAGCCUACUUUCUUUACCCACUCGCUUUCACUGUAUUAUUGGUUGUGUUUUUAUUGGGGCAUUUUAAAAAAGGAUCUUGUGAGAAAAAAUCGCAAAGUUUACAUUUUAUCCGAUUUUUAUUUUUAAGAAACAUUUUUUUUCUAUAUGUAAAUUAAUAUUUUGAUAUUUUAUUUUGACUUUUGGUGGGUAGAGAAGGUACGGUUUUGGAUUUUACAUUUUAUGAUUCACACCUAUAUGUGGUAGAGUAGUGGUUUGUAUAGUAGACUAGUUUUCAUCACCAUUGCUUUUGGGCAGGGUAUCAUCUGUGUAUAUAUAUAUACUAUGUACGUUAUGACAUGUAACAUUUAUCUUUCUAUAUAUAUAUAUAUUAUAUAUCUAUAUUCACUAUAUUGACUCCUUACAGUGGACUAUGAUAUUUCUCUCAAUUUUGAGAGAUUUAUCCUAUUAACUUUUUUUUUAAUUAUUACGAAAGAAAAAAAAAACCCAAAAGCACAGUUGUGCGAAAAGAUUGAAAAUGAGGCUGGCAAAUCUGAAUGAUUGGUCUGGGUUUUUACGUGUAAUGAUCAGUGAAAAAGAAGUGGGUGAAAUCUAGCCUCAUUUUCAAACUUUCCUCUGUGAUAUUGAUUGUGUGUAUAUAUAUAUACAUACACUUCAUUUUUGUCUGACUUUUCGUUGCCAUGAGGAGGGUCGAUCCAGGUUUUUUAAAUCCUUUUAUGCAUCCAAAAAAAAAAAAUCAUUAUGAUAAAAUAAGAUUUGUCAUGGUAACAAGACAGACAUUUAUGAUUGAAAAUAAUUCACUUAUAUUAACCAAGAAAAAUUAUGCCUUAGUGCUAAUUGUAAGAAAAAAAUUAUGUAUACCAACAUUUAUCAGGGUCCAAAAAUGUCUCAAAAUCACAAAUUAUGAUUUGUGAGUAUUCAAUGUAGAAAGUCAAACAAAGUUUAUGUGUAAAUGCUGUUCAUGUUUUUUUUUAUUUCUAUCAACUGAAUAUACUAUUGAAGAUUUAUCUUAAAUGACAAAAAGAAGUGUACAUAUGGUCAUAUUUAAUUUUCAUUAUCUGUAGUUUGAGAACAUAGAGGACUCGUUGCUAAGGAACAGAACUAGGUGACCUUCGAAAUGCUUUCACUUUCGCUUCAAUCUGAAUAGAGAGAAAAAAACAAAAACGUUUCACAAAGGAAUUGACAAAGAUUGAGAAAAGUGACUCGGUGUUUUGAAAUGCAGACACUGUGAAGCGGCCCUGUUAUUGUUCCUUGGCAGGGGGUGUUAGAAAGACUGAAAUCAUUCGUCGGCAGGUUCAAUCAACGUGGAGUUUUAACAAAAAACAUUAUAAAAAACUUGUCAAAAAGUUUACAACAGCGUGGAUGAAUGGUUUAGACAAAACAUUCCCUAAUAUGAGAUGCAGGUCACUUAACAACUGUCUACGUCACCUCUGCGCUUGAAAGUGUUGGUUACCAGGAAGUCAGUGAUGAUGAUGACCCCCUUUUUUCCAAAUCAACUAUUUUUUUUUUUCCAUUUUUGGUCCACCUGCCCAGUUUACAGUAGUCACAAAAUUUGUUUUUGUCUUAGAAAUCUAUACUUAAUUUUGACCAGGAUGAAAAAGACAGGUGUUUUGGGAAAAUGGGAGUUAUCAAAAUGGGACUUUCGAGCCUAAAAUCUCAGGGACUCUAUCUGCUAAAUCUGUAACAAGCAUAGGUACAUGUGUAAAGACUAUAUAAUUGUAGAAUUAGUAGCCUAGGAUCACAAGUUUCCAAGUUGCAGCUAUUUCUGUGCCAUGGAAUCGCCUCAUUAAGCACUGUCUCAAUGCACACAAGGCAUAUAUAUGUAUAAGGCCCUUUUAACUUGUGGUUAGUGUCUAUGUUGUUGUCUUGGGGGAAACGCAUCUCAAAAAAAUUAGAUAAAAGAGAAUUCCCGCCAUAGAUCUGCCUUGAGGUGCUAAGUUAUAGUGCAAUAGUUGGUGUUUAAAAGUAAAUAUUGGCAUUCAUUCUCACCAAGUCUGGGAGUGGAUGUCGAUGCUUUUUGUAAGAGUUCUUAUUUGUGGGGAAUAUAUAUGUGUGACCUAUAUGGGUACUUAGCGUAGAACAAAUAAUAUAGAAUAGGACAAACAAAACCUGUAAUACGUAUAUUUAUGGUGUGUUUUAAUAUAUUUUAUGAAAUCUUAAAAACCACACUUUUAAGGGCAGAGAUGACCGAAGAAUACCAAACCCUAGUCCCUUCAUUGUACAGUAAUGUCGGAGUAUUCGUCUGCUUCGUAGUUCUUGUACAGAUUUCUGAAUUUGUUUUAGAGCCUUUGUUAUGUGACCUGUAUUUCUAUUUUGAGUAGAGUAGACUAACUUAGAUUAGUUUAUUUAUUUGACUGAAGUGGCGACUUUACAAAGGGUAUAUUCAAACCAUUAUGGCAAAGUAAUGAAAAGCAAAUAUGUGCCAAAGACUAGUUUCUAUGUGGCCAAGUCCGCACUUUUCUUGAAAUAGGUGAAAUAUGUGAUGUCGGGGUUUUGUUUGAAGUCAUUCAACUUUCAAGUCGAUAUUUUGACCUGUUAAGAACUUUUUUGACUUGGGAGUAUGAUGUCAUUAGGGGACCACGUUUUCUGUGGACUUUGUAAAAAACAAACCUUGGGAAAAAUCUUCAUUGUUUUCUUUCUCAGCACACAUAACCUUCACCGACCAAUAACCUGAUUAUCUCUGAUUCACCCAAGGUAUUAUGUCUUGACCUUUGUAUAGUGUAUUUGUGAAAAAGAGUCAACUGAAAUAAAAACGGUAUAUUCAGAA